GUCAGCAAAUAUCUGUACAGUACAUCUUUAAAGUCAAUAUUAUUCAUCUCAACACACUGUUUAUAGAUAUAUUCAACCUUUAUACUUUAACAGGAGUCAUAAAUCUAUAGACAAGUAAGCUUUUAAACAAUAAAAUGUUUCAUGUACCAGCAGCUGAAAGAAACAAGGAACCAAUUCUUAAAGUCCUACAGAAAUACAUUCCUCAAGGUUUCAAAGGUAGAGCAUUAGAGAUUGCCUCAGGUGCAGGAGUUCAUGUUUCACAUUUUGCUCAGUUCUACCCAAAUAUAACAUGGCAACCAACUGAAUAUGACCAAAGAAAUUUGGGAAGUAUAUCAGCAUAUACUGCACAUACUGGUGCGAAAAAUGUACAUCCACCUCUACAUGUAGACAUAACAACACCUCCAGAAGACCUAAAAAUAGACACAAUAAGUCCAGGAAAUGUAGAUAUAAUAAACAAUAUCAAUAUGAUCCAUAUAUCUCCAUGGGAUACAGCUAUAGGUUUGUUUAGAACAGCAAAGUAUUUUUUGCGUCCUGCUGGAUAUUUAUUCCUGUAUGGACCAUUUGCCAUACAAGGUACAAUUAGUCCUGAAAGCAAUUUACAGUUUGAUACUUCUCUAAGAUCAAGAGACAGUCAGUGGGGACUAAGAGAUAUUGAUGAUGUGAAGAAAUUAGCAGAAGAAAAUGGAUUUAAACUUUUAGAAAUGAUUGAUAUGCCAGCAAAUAACAAAACAGUGAUAUUCCAGAAAAACAGUUGAUAAAGAAAAUGAGGAGUAGAAGUAUAACCAAUGUAUGGACACAAAAAUCAAU